CGAUUGGCGAACAAAGCUAAUGUUGAUGUUGACGAAACAAAAAAUAAGGUUAUGUCUUUUUCUUUUCUCUCAAACCAAAUUUCUCCUCUAUUUUUUCAAUUAUGAAUUCAUCAAAAAUAAGAUAAUGGAAAAAAAAAUUAAACUAAAAACAUUAAACAAUCAUAUAACAUGCAAAAUUUGUAGAGGUUAUUUAAUAGAUGCUACCACUGUAACUGAGUGUUUGCACACAUUUUGCAAAAGUUGCCUUGUCAAGCAUUUAGAAGAAAACAAUACUUGUCCAACAUGCAAAAUAGUUAUACAUCAGUCACAUCCACUUCAAUAUAUAAGAUUUGAUAGGACAAUGCAAGAUAUUGUUUACAAAUUAGUUCCAGAGCUACAGAAAAAUGAGCUAGAAAGCGAGAAAGAGUUCUACAAAGCUAGGCGCCUUCCAAAUCCCAAGGAUAUUCCUAUAGCCAAUGGUGAAACUAAAGGAGAUCAUGAAAUUGAUCCUCAUGCAGAGUCAGAUUAUCAUCGACAGGAUGAGCAAGUCAACGUUUGCUUGGAAUGUGUCAGUUCCAGCCUAAAAGUUCUUAAAAGGCGUUUCAUAAGAUGUUCUGCUCAAGCAACUAUUUUACAUUUGAAAAAGUUUGUAGCAAUGAAAGUUCUCAAUGGAAUGGAAAUGUAUAGAGAUAUAGAUAUUCUUUGUAAUGACGAAUUAUUAGGGAAAGAUCAUACCCUAAAAUUUGUAUAUGUUACAAGAUGGAGGUUUCAAAACCCUCCAUUGACCUUACAGUACCGACCUAGAAUUGAUAUUUGAGGUGAAUGUGUAAUGUGUAAUCAAGCCUAAAGGAUGUGCAACUACUAAUAGAACAUUAAGUAUUUUUUAGAUUAUAUUGAAAAAAUUAAGAAGAAACUCUAACUGUCCUCCGUCCAUGCACAAAAAUUUAUUGUGUGGCUAAAACAAUAUUUUUUGUACGAGUGGGUAAAGUACUUAGUUUAUGUACUGCUGCAUAAAAUGAAGGUUUCCAAAACAGGCUCUCCUUUACGCAUUUUGAACUUUUUCUGUGAUCGGCAAGCAAAGAUGAAAUGGCAGGCAGUCUCAAGUUUUCGAAAAUAAAUUAACACUGAUAAGGUCAUCAGGUGCAGCCCUGAAAUUUUCUAUACAUAUUGUUUAUUCUAUAAAAAUAUGUUUGACAAACUUAAUUUUAUUCACCAGUUUAUGUCGUGAUUAAAGCUAAUGAAACAUUCCAGAAGAGCCAUAUUUGCUCACAAGCUAAGGUUUACACCUGUAAUAAUAUGUAUAUUUUAGGAGGUUGCUCUAAUGCUAAUUAACAAAAUCACAAAACACUUUUUAAUUAUGCCAGUGGUGCCUAGAAAGCAACUGAAAUACUUACUGUAUUUAUUAAUUUUUUUAAGGGCCGGUUUUUUCACAGGUAUGCAAUCUGACUGAUAAAAACGCAAUCUGUAAUCCCAUUGGUCGGCCAUUUAUCCGCCCACCAAUGGAAUUAUAGAACGGUGAAUUUAUCUUGCAGAAAAUUACCAGCAAGUUUAUCUGAAGAUGAAUAAACCGGGCCUACACUUUGGGCCAAAUUUAUUUGGAACCCAAUUUGGCUCUGAAUAUAUUUUUUUUCAAUGUGGCGGAUUUUUGUGUGAAUGUUGGGGGUGCCUUUCUUUAAUUGUAGAAAAAAUAUCUAAUCAAAAUGUACAGGUGGAGCCAAGUAAGAAGCAGUAUUUUUAAUCAUUGCCUUUGGGGCUGUUGCAAAGUUAAAUUUUUUACUCUAAAACUACAUAAAUUGAAAAUAUUAAGAAAAUAUCAGAGACUGUUUUUCAUUUUGAUUUUGAAAAAAAGAAGACACACCAUAAAAUAGGUCUAAAAAUGAAAUUGAGUGUGUGAAUAACAGUUCCUCUCUUUCCCCGUUUCGCCGGUCGAGGCAUCAAAUCAUCUUUACCAGCCUUCUUGGCAGUUUGUUUUCUUGCCUGUUUUGACAUCAAGUCCUUAUUUUUAUCAGCCUUGCCGCUUGUCCCCCCUUCUCGUUUAGCUUAGCAUUCACCUCUUUAGAAUUUCCAUCACUAUCACUAGUCUCAAAAGUUAGUUUUCUUCCCUGAUUUCUAUUGCCCCUUCUGGAUGUCUAUUCUCAAAACCGGGGAAAUAUAAAUAUGGGCGAAUAAGAUGUAACCUUUGUUCUCAUGAGAAUGCUGCUACUCUGUUUCGAGAAUAAGGGCCCUGUUGGUUUGUUUCCUUCCCCGCUUAGCUGUCUUUUGCUUCCUUCUUGGAUUUCUCCGUCUGGAAGCGAGCCUGCUAGAUCCAGGCGGGGGUCCAGGUAACUGAGCACCUGAUGGUUACCCCAAGUUCAUGCUUAGAGCGUCGACCAUAGAAAAAUUAGGUUUUGACUCAAUGGUUCCGCCACCUUUCAUAACUCGAAAAGUGAAAAUAUCCCUAAUUAUAUUAUAAUCAGGUUCUGAUUCAUGCAUAUUAAUGCAUUGAAAAUAACUAAAAAGUUUCUCAUGCUAGAUAAUGAAAUAAAAUAUUUGUCUCACUUGGAUGUUUUUUGAGGCAAAGCAAGUAUUUAAUGUGUCACUUGCUGAAAUCAUGUAUUGUUCUUUGAGGCGUUGGACAUGCGAAGGAGAGAAGACAGGAUUCUCCCAGGGCAAAGUACACAUUACUAGAUAAUUAAGUUAUACGCCAAUAUUUCCAGAUCAGCUCUUCUAGUUGCAACUAAUAAAAUUUUAAAGUAUUAUGACAAAUUGAAAAAUAUCAAAAUUUACUUCUGCUGGUGUAAUCUAUUGGGCCAUGAUGCGCUCUAGAAGAAUCUUGUUUAAAUUCUUUGUCAACAGAAUAUUCACAGGCCAAACCAAAAUCGACUAAGUACCUGUUCAUUAUCGCUUUCAUCGCUUGUACCUAUCAUUAUAUUAGGCGAUUUAAUAUCAUAGUGGACAUACACAUACACUCAUGAACAUAUUGCAGAACAUCAACCUAAGAAAGCAAUUUCUGUAUACCAAAAGAAAUUAAAAAAAAAAAAAACGUGUUACUAGCUGAAUAACAAUUUUGGAAACUGUGUCAAUUGGAGAGAUAUUGUUGUUUCUCAUACAAUUUUAUAAAAAUUAUUUGAAAUUAUUAAGAAAAUAUUGGAGAAGAGGAUAAGAAAAUUUUUUUCGAUAAACUUCAGGUUUUGCCUUAAAAACGUAUUUUUUUCGAAAACUUUGUUGAAUAAUGUCACACAGUGUUACACUUAUAAUACAAAUGUAUGGUAAUAUUAUUUAACAAAGUUUUGGAAGAAAAUACGUUUUUAAAACAAAACCUGAAGUUUAGCGAAACAUUUUUUCAUAGCCUUUUCUCUGAUAUUUUCUUAAUAUUUUCAAAUAAUUAAUGUAGUUUUAGAGUGAACAAUUUAAUACUGCUUCUUACUUGGCUUUCCCUGUACAUUUUGGUUAGAUAUUUUCUCUACAAUUAAGGAAAUGCCGCCCUAAUAUUCACACAAAAUUUCCCAAAAAUCAACCAAAUUAAGAAAAAAACAUAUUCAGAGCCAAAAUGGGUUCCAAAUAAAUUUGGCCUACAGUGCAAGUGUGGCAAAUUUUUUAUUUCCUCCACUUCUCAUGCUGCACUUCAAAUACAGUAAAAUAAGUGGAAAUUUGCCAGAUUUUGAAUCAAUUCUUUAAGUUACUAGCUGCGGGCAUACUACCCAAAUAUAUUGGCUUUUCUGGGACAUUCUGUGUGAAAGCAAUCUAAGGUGAAAGCACACAUUAUUUACUUAAAGUUAAAAUUGAUUAUACAAACUGAUUUAUAAUUCACCUACCUUUUCACAAAUCAAUGACUAAAAUUAUUUCAAAAUGUGUAAAGAAAAAGGAACCUUGAUAAAUUACUUUUUUUUUGAACUUUUACAUAUGCUUUGUUGACUAUACAAAAAUGUGUAUUGAAAUUUAUAUGCAAACCCAGUGAGUUUUGAGGAGGCAAUAACAUAUAGGAUGUUAGUUUUAAGUUUUUAAUUAUAUCCCCAUGGGAAUGUACAUGUUUGGCCUUUGUCGGCUUAAACCUAUAUUUUGCCAAUUAUCUGUACCACAAAGGAGUGUGUCGAAAUCAUUGCUGAACCAAGUGAAUGUGCUAUCAAUAACAUGACGUCAGUUGCAACUAUCUGACAAAAUAUGACCAAAAAAAUGCCAUUUCCUUAUCCACUCCUAAAAAGUACAUCGUUGUUGAAAAUAACGAGAGGUAAUUCAGAGGCAAAAAAAUGCAUUGGAUUUUUUCCUGCAACAAAAUAAUGUGUCAAUCACAGUUUAUAUGGUAGCAAUUAGAUAUAGACUGUCAAUUCUUAAUAUCUGGAAAAAUAUGACUAGUAAUUUUCCUUUACUUACUUUGAGAGUAGAUAUGUAGGUAUAUCCUUAUUAAAUGUUUUCCACUUUUUUGCACCUACGCAUUGUUUUGGCAGAAAUUUAGACACAUUCUGUAUUCCACUACUAACUAUUUUGUAAGAUCCUGUGAUAUUUUAUUUUAAAUAUUAGCUUUAAUCAGUUUGAUAAUAUUACUCUAUUUGUUGCGUGAAUAAAUUUAUUUAUAGUCUGCCAAGAGAAGAUCAAGAGGAAAAGAAAUAAAAGAGAAUCACUUUGCAUCAUUUUCAUUGUGACAGUUGAAUAGUUUGCCAGGUAGCCGUAUCUUGGGCUGAGUCUAUUCGAUUUUGUCUGGCUUUAGGUUUAUACUUAUAAUUAAAAUAUUAUUUUAUUAUAAAUUAUAAUUGAGAAAGAAAAUCCUAUAUUUUAUUGCAAUAAUUUUAGUGCAAAUAAAUAAUGAAACAAUUAUAAAUACAAUUUUCAAUUAUA